AUGGGGUUUCCGAUUGAACGAAGAGCUGAACACGGCGUCGGAACUCACCAUAAGAGGCAUGCGCUACUUCUUAAUGGAAAAUCUCAACCAAGCAGACCUCUCGGCCACGGCUACCCCUCAGCGUUUCAAUGCUUUCGGACGGCUUCCAUAGCCGAAGAUGCGGUAGCCGAUGCCGUCCGGUCAGCUAAGUUCAACGGCUAUGCCCCCACCGUUGGUAUUCUUCCGGCGAGAAGGGCCAUAGCAGAGUCCCUAUCUCAAGAACUUCCAUACAAGUUAUCAGCUGAUAAUGUUUAUCUAACACUUGGAUGCGCACAAGCAAUCGAAGUCAUAUUAGCAGUCCUUGCUCGACCCAACGCCAACAUUCUAUUGUCAAGACCGGGCUACCCUUAUUAUGCAGCGCGUGCAGCGUAUAGCCAUCUUGAAUUCCGUCACUUUGAUCUUCUUCCAGAGAAAGGUUGGGAGGUUGAUCUUGAUCGAGUUGAAGCACUUGCGGAUGAAAAUACUGUCGCGAUGGUCAUUGUGAACCCUGGCAAUCCUUGUGGAAAUGUCUUUACGUACCAACAUCUAAAGAAGAUUGUCGAUUGCAUUAAGGGCUUUCAAAAUAUAUCCUCUGACCCUGCAACCUUCAUUCAGUUCCACAAAUCCUUGAGAGAACCCCCGAGGAUUUUUUUUUCAAAAAUUGUUGAAAUUCUGAAAGAAGCUGCAGACAUUUGUUAUGAUACAAUCAUGGAGAUCCCUUGCAUGACUUGCCCAAGCAAACCUGAAGGCUCUAUGUUUGUAAUGGUGAAACUAAAUGUAUCACUUCUGGAAGGCAUUGAUGAUGAUGUGGACUUCUGUGUUAAACUGGCAAAGGAGGAAUCUGUGAUAGUUCUACCAGGGGUGACUGUAGGACUCAAGAAUUGGCUUCGCAUAACAUUUGCCAUUGAGCCAUCACUCCUUAAACAAGGCCUUGGAAGGAUCAAAGCUUUCUAUCAAAGGCGUGCCAAAAAAAUACAGUAG